CCCUAUCAGAAACUUUCUAGGGACGAGAAGCUGUUCCUACUCUCUAGAAACCAUGAAUGAGCUCUCAAAGCCACACAUUUUUUCUUUUUCAUUUAGCAGUACUUAAAUGCAGACCCAUUUAAUGGCCCUUAUUUUUACAUGAUAUGAUAUGAUGAUAAAUAAAUGCUCAUCAAGUUGCUUUUGGGUUUGUCCACUUGGCAGGCUCUGAUGUAUUUGUAGCUAAAGCUUCAUCAUCACCACCACUUUACAAUUUUAAAGCCAAAACAUUUGUGUGUGAAUGAGUAUAUAUAAGUAGUGAAGUUCUUAGGAUUGUUUGUCCCUAUUGCUAACUCCUGAGUGUGUUUGUGGCAUUCUGCUUUGUGCUAUACACAUAGACAUAAUAGUUUUCUUUCUGGUUCUUGUUUUAGAGUGUUGUUGAAAAUGAGUUACUUGGGUGUGGGUGUUAGUCCUGGAACUGUGCCAGUUUAUCACAGCAAGGACCUGAAGAUGUUGGAUAGGAGGGUGAAGAUAGCAGAGGUGGUGCUGAGGUGUGUGAUCCUUGUCCUUGGAGUUCUUGCAACUGUUCUUGUGGUAACUGAUACACAAGUCAAAGUGAUCCUCUCCUUUCAGAAGAAGGCUAAGUAUACAGACAUGAAGGCUUUAGUGUUCUUGGUAGUGGCCAAUGCUUUGGCUGCUGGCUAUUCCUUGAUUCAAGGACUGUGCUGUGUUCUUAGCAUAAUUAGAGGGAGUGUACUCUUCAGCAAGCCCUUAGCUUGGAUUAUUUUCUCUGCUGAUCAGGUAAUGGCAUAUGUGACGAUGGCGGCAGUAGCAGCAUCAGUGCAAUCAGCGGUGUUUGCAAAGGCAGGGCAAACUGAACUUCAAUGGAUAAAGGUUUGCAACAUGUAUGAGAAAUACUGCAACAAAGUGGGAGAAGGGGUAGCUUGCGCUGUUGUGGUUAGCCUUAGCAUGGUUGUCCUCUCUUGUAUUUCGGCUUUUAGCCUCUUCCGUUUGUAUGGCGGUAACAAAAACAAGAAUGCAGGUUGGUAGGCUUAGGAACUACCAUGCUUUCUUGGCUAUUGUGAUAGUUUUGAAAUUCAUUACAAUGCUCAUUUUGAAUAUGUAGUAAUGCUUGAAUUAUGAUACCAAUCUCAAUGUAAUUGUUCCUUAUUCUUAACAAUCAAUGCCACAUUAGCCUUUUACAA